AAGUACAACCCCAAGAGAGCAAAGUGAGAGCUAGGCAUUAAGCUUAGGUGUGUGUGUGCUCCAUAGAGAGAGUACAUUGAGUGAUAAAAUUGAAUUAGUUUAUUCCACUACUCCAAUUUUCCCAACACACAUGUCCAUGAGUGUAUCUGGAACUGUUGUUAUACAAUCUCCUAGAGGAUCUGAGUCAUUGUCACUACAAAGCUCUAUGGUAGGCAUUCGCUAUAAUCUAGCAGCCAUUGUGCUUCUCUUGAAGAUGCCUAAACUAGUGGAACUAUUGUAGUAUGUUGCCAAAAUGAUGGUUUUGAUUCUCCUAGAACUCCAAAAUCUAGGCUAGGUAUUCUAGAAAGAAAUUCAAAUACCUCACUCGAAGACAAUGCAACAAAACUUGUAGAGGUUGUUGAUACGUUUGUUUUUUUUUUUUUGAACUUUCUUGGAGUGCUUUCUUAAUCUGUGAUGAAUAAUUUUGCAGUUUCUUG